GAUUCCCACCAUCUCCAUCUCCACGGGACGUCUCGAUGCUGUUGCUGUUGUGGCUGACAGCUUGAAGCUCUCGAGCGAUGGAAAAUUCGGAUUCAAGCUUUUGGUGACCUUUUUGGGGACACUCAGAGUCUUCUCGGAGGGAGAGCUUUGUGCUCGUCGUGGAUUUUGUCGUCUGUGGAGUUGUGCAUUUGAAAGUCUGCGUGUCGGGAACGAGCUCUUCCGAUGUCUUACUGGCGUUCAUGUCAUGAUCUCCAUGUUCUCGGCUCUUGCGUAGACUUAUGAUUUGCUCAGAGUCAGAGUUUGGCGAUUUUGGUGAGUUCCAGUUGCAGCUUUUUGUGCUGAGUGAGCUUCGAGAGGGCCAUCGCGGUCUGGAGAUUCGGUGAGGACUCCAAUGGGAGCUGAAUGCUCCGUCCAAGCCGGCAUUGGGAGCGAAGGGAGAGGUUUGAAGAAGACGGGGCUGAUUUGAAGCUGUUCAUCAUGUAUUUGCUGUAGGUCCUGCUGGUGAUAGAGCUGUAAAUUGCAAGCUUCAUGGCAUGGUCUGUAGCUUGUUCUGGCAAGAGUCAAGCAAGCCGAUCGGUAAAAUUGCUUGUCCGUUCAAUAUGAUGAGAGCUCGGUCCAAUGUUGUUGUUCCCAGGUCGCCGAUCCUGAUGGUUCUGUUGAGAUAGUAGAUCGGACUGUAAUUAGAGCCGCUCCCAUGUGUUUGGUGUGUUCAUCCCAACAGCCUGUGAAGAGAUGGGACUCAUAGUCUUUUCCAUUGCGAUCAUUAACCUGUAUUAGACUCACUUUCUGGAUUGACCUCCGGUCGGGCAUGUUCACGGGGAGUGGCACUAGAAGUGGAGUGAGGGUCUUCCGCAAAUCGCUUCGUCCAGCCGAGGACUUCCGAAGAUUCAAUUCAAAGUUGUUCUGGCAUGGUAUCUGUGUCCCGCUGAUCUGAAAGCCACGUUUUGGUAGGUUAUUGGAUUUGUCCAUCGCACACUAAUGAAGACAAGGUUCUUGGGUUCCCCGUUUUAGGGUUGUCGUCUGGGCCCAGUGAGACCGAUGACUGCGAGAGGCUUGCCUGCCUGCCUUCAUUUCAGGAGGAAAUAUCGUCGUACUCGAUCGUCGGUCCCGUGAGAGGAGCCAGUUUUAUGAUGGAGGCUUAUCUCCGUAGGUCAGAAGAAACAGAUUUAAAUGAGCAGCUUUUACUCCAAUUUUACGAUGAUUGGGAGCCCUGCGUCUAAUGGAAGAGCAAAAUCAGUAGAGCGAUUGCAUCACGGGGUUGUAGUCGUAGUUUGCACACUCAUGUCCAGGUUUUCCGCUUGCUGAGUAUCUGAAGUAUUUUCGGUCCAGUGAAGGAGAGGUAGUCGAUCGUGAUUUUCUUUGGCGUGGCAUUAUGUACUAAACAUGGAGACAACUUCCUCAGUGGAGAAGUCUGCCGAUUCUUUCUCCACCUUGAAUAUCAAUCACCUGAUGAUCGAUGGGGGGGAGAUUGUAUGGAGAGACCACACGGACAUUACUGGGCAUUUGGGAGUGUGUGAGAGGUGAAGUGCCGGUCUUGGUGUGCGGGUCCAGGUGUGGUGGGACAAUCUUGGCACCUGCAAGAGAUCCCGCUUCUGGUUUGAAAUUCCUCUCGGCUUGUGUUUCAACAGCUCGGUGUACAUACCAAUAACUACUAGGGCGGGGUGAGUUUUGAGCGUGGUUGAUCGAUCUGCCAACGCUGGUCCUCCAUUUGACGUGGGUGUAUGCUUCUGAAUCUCGUCCUGAGUACCUCGUUUGCAGCUUGGUUGCCUGCCGUAUUGUCAGGUUCGUUGGGUUUCGAAUCCGACUAUGCAGGGCUACGAUUCAUGUCGAGUGUGUAGUGAAACCUCCUCUUUAUUCCUUUGCAAAACGCUGCGUACUAGAUCAGUUGAUACGUGUUGCAGGCUGCCCUGAUUCUGAGUAUCAUGUAGGGGAGAUCGUUUCCUGUGCUUUCUGUAGUGAGAGUAGUGUUUCAACGUCGGGGGCCUAUCUCUCUUUGCAUUCGUGUUCCUAAAGGUUUGCGAUGUAUUGGACAUUUUACUCGGAGUGGUGCUAUAGAUAUGAUGUGGGUCCUCUCGGUUGGUUACCGACCUAGAUGAUGAAAGGAGAAUGCUUUAUACUGGC